AUGAUGGAGUUGCCAGACUAUAGCUUCUAUGAGUUCAAGGAGGCUGAGCCCAAUCCGUACCAAGGCACCACGUUGGACAGGAGCAUUUUGUUGGACCCGCCUGCACCUGCCCUGACGCAGCCGAAGUUCGAGUUCUCCAAACUCGAGAAUGGUAUGAAGAUCGCCUCCAUUGACAAGCAGGGCCUCACGGCUCGCCUGGGCCUCUACGUGCAGGCAGGCGCUCGAUUUGAGGUGCCAGGCAACUUGGGCGUGGCCCACAUGGCCGCCCUCAUGGGCUAUCGCUCCACUGCGCAUUUGAGCCAUCUCAGGACGGUGAAGACCCUGGAGCAGCUUGGAGCCCACCUGAGCUCUUCGGCCACGGCAGGUCGGGAGGAGAUCGCUUAUCAGGUAGAGCUGCAGCGUGAAUACAUGCCCCUUGCCGUGCCCCUCAUGAUCGGCAACGUGCUUUUCCCACGCCUGCUGCCGUGGGAGGUGAAGGCCGCACAGUCCGACGUACCCACCGCGAAGCAGGCUCUGACCAAAGACGCAGACACAAUGGUCAGCGAGUUGCUCCACAAGGCCGCCUAUUGCAACAACACGCUGGGCCUCAGUCCCUUCGCCAGUGAGCGGUCGAUGGGCUACUUCACGCCGGAAACAAUCCGCACCUACAUGCUGGACCAUUUCGCUCCCGAGCGAAUGGUUUUCGUUGGUGUCAAUGUUGACCAUGCGGAACUCUCCAAGUGGGUCAUGCGUGCCUUCGCAGACUACAACGCCAUUCCUCUGAAGAAGCGCGAGGACAAGAAGGCGCAGUACACGGGUGGCGACAUGCGCCUCGAGGGAGCCUCCCCCUAUUGCCACCUGGCGCUCGGGUUUGAAUCCACAGCCUUUGGACAAACCGAGUUGGCCCCGGUUGCCCUCGUCCAGGCCCUGCUGGGUGGAGGCUCCGCAAUCUACAGCGGCAUUGGCUCCGGGGUCACUUCCCGGCUUUCCACGCAGGCGGAUUUCACCUCGGGAAAUGUUGUCAAAGGAUUGGUGAACGUCUGA